AUGUGCGCCCGCCUCUUCUACCUGGAGACCGUCGACGACGCUGACGUGGAGGCCCUCACCACCGAGCUCGCGGCCGCCACCGUCACUGAGGCCGGUGUCACGACCUAUGCGCCGGUCGACGCGUCCGCCUUCGUCGUCUCUCUUCAUGCUAUGGUGGGCAUCAAGACGGCAAAGACGAUGCUGCUCCCGGUGACGAUCAAUGGGGCGCGUCUCACUGCGCUGGUGGACACGGGCUCGACGCACAACUUCCUGUCCAACACCGCCAUGCGCCGCCUCGCUCUCCAGCCGGCGGGAUCGGAGAAGUACAGCGUCACCGUCGCCAAUGGGGACCGUCUUACGUGCCAGGGCGUGGCGCGACAGGUUCCCGUGCUCGUAGGCGACGAGCCAUUCUCCAUCGACUGCGUCGGCAUCGACUUGGGCUGCUACGACUUCAUCCUCGGCCUCGACUUCCUGAGCACCUUAGGCCCCAUCCUGUGGGACCUCGACGUGCUGUCCCUCAUCUUCUGGCGUGAGGGCGGCCGCCGUGUUCACUGGACGGGCUUGGGCAGCACUGGCGCCUCCCCGCAGCUCCACCUGAUGGCCGCCGCGCUUGACGAGGCGCACCCGCUCCUGGCCGACUUGCUGCAGCAGCACGGCGACCUCUUCGACGAGCCGCAGGGCCUCCCUGCCUCGCGGCCCUAUGACCACCGCAUACACCUGCUGCCGAACACGGCGCCCGUCGCUGUGCGGCCGUACCGGUACCCCCAGCUGCAGAAGGACGAGCUCGAGCGCCAGGUGGCGGUCAUGCUAGCACAGGGCAUCAUUCGGAUUUCGACGUCGCCGUUCUGCGCCCCCGUGCUCCUUGUGCGCAAGGCCGACAGCACGUGGCACUUCUGCAUCGACUUCCGCGCCCUCAACACCGUCACGUCCAAGGACAAGUUCCCCAUCCCCGUCGUGGAUGAGCUCCUGGACGAGCUGCAUGGCGCGCGCUUCUUCACCAAGCUCGACUUCCUCUCCAACGCGCCGACGACCUUCCAGGCCCUGAUGAACGACGUGCUCAGCCCCUACUUACGCCGCUUUGCGGAGCACCUACAGCACGUGGCCAUCAUCUUCAACGAGCUUCGAGCGCAUCGUCUACAUCUCAAGCGCCCGAAGUGUUCGUUUGGCAUGACCUCCGUCGCGUACUUGGGCCACGUCAUCUCCGCCGACGGUGUCACGAUGGACGCGGACAAGGUCACCGCCGUCGCCGCCUGGCCGACGCCCCAGUCGCCGCGAGCUCUUCGCGGAUUUUUGGGCCUCGCGGGAUACUACCGGCGGUACAUCCAGGACUUCGGCCUCAUCGCCGUGCCUCUCACGCGCCUGCUUCGCCGCGACGCCUUCUCCUGGGACGAGGAGGCGGCCACGGCCUUCGCCGCCCUGCAGCGGGCACUCACGAUGGGCCCCGUUCUUCAGAUGCCGGACUUCGACGAGCCGUUCGUGGUGGACUGCGAUGCCUCCGGCAUCGGCUUCGGCGCCGUCCUUCACCAGGGCGAGGGGCCACUCGCUUUCUUCAGCCGCCCCUUCGCCGCGCGCCACCACAAGCUCGCCGCAUAUGAGCGCGAGCUGAUCGGGCUGGUCCAGGCGGUGCGCCACUGGCGGGCGUAUCUUUGGGGCCGAACGUUCCGUGUGCGCACGGACCACUACAGCCUGAAGUUCUUGCUGGAUCAGCGCCUCUCCACAGUGCUGCAGCAUCAGUGGAUCAGCAAGCUCUUCGGCUUCGACUUCACCGUCGAGUACCGCCCCGGCCGCCUCAACACAGUUGCCGACGCCCUGUCCCGCCGCGACAUCGACGACGCCACGGACACGCCCACGGUCGGUGCGACCCUCUGCGUCCACUCCGGGCCAUCGUUCGCCUUCAUCGACGAGGUUCGCCGCGCUACUGCCGAGGCCGCAGAUGCGCAGCAGCUGCGCCAGCGCCUGCCGACGGCGAGCUGGCCGCGCCAUGGCCCCUGGACGAGGGACUACUCCUCCAUGGGCGCCGCAUCUUCGUGCCGGAUCAUGGAGACCUGUGAUACGUCCAAAAUGGGAUGGCGCCCUGGUGCGAGAUUGGGUGCGGGCGUGUGUCACAUGCCAGCGGAACAAGACGGUGACGCUCCGUCCGGCGGGCUUACUGCAGCCGCUGGACGUGCCGUCCCAGUGUGGGCGGACAUCUCCAUGGACUUCAUCGAGGGGCUGCCAAAGGUUGGCGGCAAGUCCGUCAUCCUCACGGUGGUCGACCGCUUCUCCAAGUACGCGCACUUCAUCGCCCUCGGCCAUCCCUAUACGGCGGCGUCCGUGGCACGCGCCUUCUUCGACGGCAUCGUUCGCCUCCACGGGUUUCCGUCCUCCAUCGUCAGUGAUCGUGAUCCUGUGUUCACGGGUCACGUCUGGAGGGACCUCUUUGGGUUGGCGGGCGUGAAGCUCCGCAUGAGCACGGCGUUUCAUCCUCAGACGGGCGGCCAGUCCGAGGUUGUCAACAAGAUCAUCGCCAUGUACCUGCGCUGCAUCACCAGGGAUCGUCCACGAGCUUGGGUGGACUGGCUGGCGUGGGCCGAGUACUGCUACAACACGUCCUACCACUCCGCGCUGCACGCCACUCCCUUUGAGGUGGUCUACGGGAGGCCACCGCCGGCGAUGCUUCCCUAUGCGCCUGGCACGGCACGUACUGACACGGCGGAUGACCUGCUGCGUACCCGCGACAAGAUACUGGCUGAGGCGUGCCAGCGACUUCUUCAGGCUCAGCAGCUGGCCAGGAGGUACUAUGAUGCACACCAUCGCGAGGCGGAGUUUGCGGUGGGCGACUGGGUCUGGCUACGCCUUCUUCACCGGACGACCCAGUCCUUGGACCCGCGCUCCAGGCGCAAGUUGAGACCUCGUUACGCCGGUCCCUUCCAUGUGCUGGAGCGCAUCGGCACGCUCGCCUACCGUCUUGAGCUGCCCGCGGGCUCGCGCCUCCACGACGUCUUCAACGUCGGCCUCCUGAAGGCCUACCGUGGUGACCCUCCGUCUGCACCACCAGCUCUUCCACCUACUUCGGAUGGGCGUCUCGAGCCUGCCACGACGAGUGUGGCUCGCGUGAUGAAGGCCCAGCAGCGACGUGGUGUUUGGCACGUCUUGGUGCAUUGGACAGGCAUGCCAGAGGUCGAGACGACUUGGGAGAAGCUUGAAGAUCUCCGCCAGCAGUUUCCAGAAGUUCAGCUCGAGGACGAGCUAUAA